AUGGCUGCAGUGCAGUUUCGCAUAAUCCUGUGGGGCUCUGUCGCGGCCCUCACUCGCGUUAUGGCCGUCGCACUGACGCCCGUGUUCUCUGACGUGUACCCGAUGGCGCUUGAAUUAUACGGCACCGCGUGCCAAGGUACAUUAGCGCUGUGCUUUCUCCUCAUUGCCGUUGUGCAUCCCGCGAUGCAUUGUCCGUUACGGUGA